AUGUCAGCCAAGCCGGACGACCAACCAGUCAUUGCUAAUGCCCCACGAUCGCAGACUAAAGCAAAAGCUAAGAAUGAUCGACAGAAGCCGCCCGUGGACUUCCUCUGGAUCAAUGCUCAGGAGGAGAACCCUCGAGACCGGCAGGCCUCCCGGGAGAAGCAAGCGUUCAUAAGGGCACGGCAUCACCGCUUGAAGAAAGAAUCUCAAAUGCGAAACUUGCAAAUGUCGAUGCAGCUCCAGCAAGCUGAGAGCGACAUCCUGCAAUCUGAAAGGACCCGCGACCAUAUCUCCAAUGAUUCAAGUAUUCGGAUGUCCAACGAUGACCGUGGCUUGAUCACCCAGUCUCCAGUCUUGUACCAGUCUCUCGAGACCUGCAUUUCCAUGGCCUUUCCAUACCUCUCUCGCCCUACUAACCAGAGUAUGACCCUUUAUCUGCAGCACUAUCAAGCUCAUGCCACAAAAUUAUGCUUCCCUUUGGGGGACAGCCAGAUCACAUUUCGAUAUUUACGCAUGGCACUCAACCAUCCAGCUCUAGUACAGAUCUUGCUUUCUACGAGUGCAUUUCACCGGGCUACGGUGCACUAUGUCAGCGGAGCACCGCCUCAAAUGAUCCAAAGCUCAGCGCAAGAUGCCAUCCGUUUGCGAUCUGAGACAAUCAAAUCCCUGCAGGGAAUUCUGAUCAAGCCGUACGAGUUUUACUCCGAGGCCACGCUAAGAGUCAUCGCUCAUAUCAUGUGUGUUGAGGCAGCCGAGGCUAAUAUACAGGCAGUGCGAGCCCAUGAAAAAGCGAUCAAGAAAAUCAUCGACGCCUUGGGGGGAUUGAAUAACUUGGGAUACGAUGCGAUUUCCAUAUUAUAUGUCUGCGACCUCAUGAGAGGACUGAUCAAUGAUACACCAGUUCAGCUCAACAAAUCCUGGAAAUGGGAAUUCAAAGUUCAUAGAGAAUGUUCUUUUCUGCGAGAAGACUGUGAAACAAUGACGUCCUCAUUCGUUGGACGCCGCUUUUUCAACUCCCCCUGGUCUUCGGAUCUGCAUCCAGAGCUCAUCUGCACCCUGUGCUCAAUACAGAAGCUGGUAUCAUUAUACGAGAACGUCAGCUGCUCAUCGUGGAAACAGACACGCAUGGACAAUGAUGGUCUCCUUCUUUUGAAUCACGAAUUGUUGUCUUUGGCACACGACCGCUCGCUUCCUGCCUUUCAAGAUACCCUCCGGCUGGCAGUCCUGAUCUAUACGGUGAUUCGAAUAAGGGGAUUCGGAGGGAUGCCCUGUGCGAAUAUCUUUGUUAGUAAUCUUCGCAAAAGCCUGGAAAGAAGCUUUGCUUCUCUCAAAGGUACUGCUCCGGAUCUACUGCUUUGGAUAUUGUUUAUCGGUAGUCUGGGCUCAAGAAGUCGAAACUGCCAAGAUUGGUUCCUGCUCAGACUUCAAGAAGCUGCAAAGGAACUGUCACUUGAGAAAUGGGACCAUGCGGUGCGGGUUUUACAGGAGUACUUCUUCGUCUACCGACCAUCUGACGGUCCAGUGAAGGAGUUGUGGGACUCGGCAUUCCGACAAAAAACUUUGGAAGUCUUGGAAGGAUAA